UCCCGCCCUCCCAUUUAAAAGGUUCUAGCUCCGCCCCUGAGCAGAAGUAUCCCAAGUGUAUGAUUAUUUAUUUAAAAAGAAGCAAUUUGUCAUUUUUGCACAAUUUCAUGAAGUCAUAACAGAGAAUUUGGCUGAACAAAGGGAAUUUACAUCAGAAACCGCUACUGUUGGUUUUUUAAACUAUAUUACAGUAGAUAAAAAAGCUAAAAAGGACAAGAAAAUGACAAAGUUUCCCUUUGCUAACUCAGGAAGUCAAAUAUCCCAAAGUCACAGCCUGACGUUACCACAUAAACAACCAAGAAAAGAGUUUUGCAUUUUGAUCAAACGAAAAUGAAGUAGACUUUAUUAAAAACGUAGAUAUUUUUUGGUUUAAAAAAAUUAAUAAAUAAAAUAUCAACACAUUUUAAGACUUUUCAAAGGAAAUGUCAGCUAUGAAAACUUAAAAAUUGUGAUUGUUUUAUUUAUCUACAUGUUGCCUUGUACAGGAAAGUGAGGAAACUUACAUUUCCUCUGGAAAAAUACAGAUCCCAAACUCAAUUUGUGGAGGCCAGCACGCUUCUUUAUGUUUGUCAGCAGAGCGCUCUGCUGAGGUCACUUGAAAAAAAAAAAAAAAAACCCUCAGUGACAUUCUUUUCUCGUCCAGCAUUUGCUGCCCAUUAGUCGAGUCAGUCGCUCGAGUCUCAACACCUUCUUUUUAACAAGGGAUUUUUUACAACUGAGACAUGACCUCGAACUCCAAUUUAUCCAACAUGCGACGGUUGGUGGAGCAGCUGAAACUUGAGGCCAGUGUGGAAAGAAUAAAGAUCUCCCAGGCAGCUGCGGAGCUCCAACAGUACUGUCUGCAGAACGCCAGCAAGGACGCUUUGCUGGUCGGAGUCCCCACAGGCAGCAACCCGUUCAGGGAGCCUCGAUCCUGCGCUGUGGUGUGAAGAGGAAGAAGACGAGGCAUCUCACUCAAAAGAGAAAGUUCCAUUAAUUUGAAUUCUUGCAUUUUGUUCUGAGAAGAACAUUAAAAAAUAGAUGUUCCCUUAAAUUGUAUAGAUAUAUUUUAAUAUUUUGUAAACUUGUUCUCUUAUUGUUUUUAACAUUUAAAGCUGCUGAGUGAUAAAGUGCCACACAAUUGUAGCACUGUGGAAUUUCAUGGCGUCUGAGUUUCCUGAUGUUCAAUCUAAGUUAGGAAAGUAGCCAGCGAGAGGAAACUGAGUCUUCCUGUUCCAAACGGCAAAGACGAAGUGAGUCGUUUCCUUUAGCUUUUGAGCUUUAAAAGUACAAAAAAAAACAAUCACCUUUUGUCAUAUUUUAGGAUUCUUCUAACACUGUUGUACUCUUAUUGGUUCAUUUGAAUAAAAACUAUUUUCUGUGCUUGUGCUUUCAUCAUAUAAAAGUGUUAAUUUAAAAAGAAAAAAAAAGAUUUUUGUGUUUUAUUUUUAUUUCCCGCCCGAUUUCUUUCCCCCUGACCUUUGCUCAAAUAUCCCAGCGCUGAAAAGAUCAGCUGCUGCUCAUUUUCGGGGGAGCCCAUAAUGACUGUAAUUGAUUUAUUAUGAAGCCUUAGCUGAUGGCGAACAAAAGGGUAACUGAUAUCUGAAUAGUUUAUGACACUUAAAUGAUAAACACGUGGAAGGCGUAAUAGGACAUUUUCGUUUAUUAAUCCACUUCCACAAAAGCCACACACACCUCCUCAUUUUCAGUCAAUGGUUAACACACAAGGAAUUUGCGUGAAAGCCAUUGAGUUAUAAAUAGAAGGAGAGUAUCUGUAUUCUGGUCAGAGGCUGUGAUGUCAUGGAGGUUCCAAAAUGGCCGCGCAGAGGGAGGAAUUGUCAACAAACAAACUAGUAAAGAGAAAACAUUAGGUUGUGGGUCUUUAACAACACAACCACAACACACACAGGUCAAAUCGUGGCAUGGAAUGUUUGUAGUUAAUACAACAGGCAGGCAGGGAAGCUCUCCAUAGAAGCUUCAAGGUCACGUGACCUCUAUUUUUAACUCCAUGGUGAAAGUGUCACACUCUGCCCCCUUGUGGCCGUUAUUAGGAGACACAUUCCAAAUCCAUAGAAAGUGAAAAAAGUUUUUUUGGGGCAAUUUUUAUUUAUUUAUUUAUUUAUGUUUUCACC